ACAGAUAUGUUGGCCAAAACAGCGGGUGAUAAAAUGCACAAGUUGAAGUCGUCGCAGAGAGACAAGGUACGGCAGUUCAUGUCCUUCACACAGGCAGGGGAGAGGACAGCCGUGUACUGCCUGACACAGAAUGACUGGAAACUAGAGGUAGCCACGGACAACUUCUUCCAGAAUCCAGACCUGUACUAUAAAGAAUCCAUGAAAACUUUAGCCGACCGCAAGAAGCUGGAGCAGCUCUACAACAGAUAUAAAGACCCCCAGGAUGAGAAUAAGAUUGGUAUAGACGGGAUCCAACAGUUCUGUGACGACCUGACCCUGGACCCGGCAAGCAUGAGCAUACUGGUGGUCGCGUGGAAGUUCAGAGCGGCCACACAGUGCGAGUUCAGCAAGAAAGAGUUCCUGGAUGGCAUGACAGACCUUAGCUGUGACAGUCCUGACAAACUGAAGGCCAUCCUUCCCAGACUAGAGCAGGAGCUGAAGGACACGGGGAAGUUUAAAGACUUUUAUCAGUUUACCUUUAACUUUGCUAAGAAUCCUGGACAGAAAGGUUUAGAGCUAGAGAUGGCUGUGGCUUACUGGAAUCUGGUACUUAGAGGUCGCUUCAAGUUUUUGGAUCUCUGGAACCGGUUCCUGACAGAACAUCACAAGCGUUCCAUCCCCAAAGACACGUGGAACCUUCUUCUUGACUUUGGCAAUAUGAUAGCAGACGACAUGUCCAACUAUGAUGAAGAAGGAGCAUGGCCGGUUCUCAUAGACGACUUUGUGGAUUUUGCACGACCGAUCGUGAUGGGCAAGAGUGGCAUGACAUAGUGUUUGACCCUCAUGCUUUAACUGGACUUCUCUCUUAGUUUUUUUCCUUUUUGCGAAUGAGGAUUUUUAAAAAAAAUAUAUACGAAUAAGCCAAAAAAAAAAAAGAGACUUCUUUGGUAGUCUUGUCCGCAGAGUCAUUGAACGUCUCUGCGGACGGAUGUUUUUAUGUCGACUUCAGGCGGACUUUUGAAAAUGGUUACUUUGGAAUCAUUGGCACUAAAACGUCCGUCAUCCUGCUGUGGACUCACUGACCAGAUUGUUUUGCACAAGGAGGGGAUUGUGGCGGGGGGGUGGGGGACAGGGGGGACGGGGGUGGAUCGGGGACAGCAGCAGUUAGCGUCUUCCUUUUGCCAAGGAAUGAAAUCAUGCAUGUUUCUGUUGGUGCAAUGAAGCAGUGCUAUCCACUGUGCACUCGGUCUUCAUUGUAUGGAGCGUUCUGAGUUGGGUUCAUGCAGAGUGUUUUGAGUUUGCUUUUAUAAACAAAACAAAGAAAGAAAUGGUGACGGAAUAGGAACGAGAUAAAGAUCCAAGUCAAUAUUUUAUAACGGGGGUGUCCAAACUUCUGCCACUGAAGGCCGCACACAUCUUUCAUUUUCUAAACCAUUGCAAUAUGUAGGUGCCAGCACGGUGGUAGAAGGGUUAGUGCAUGUGCCUCACAAUAUAAAGGUCCUGAGUAGUCCUGGGAUCUUUCUGUGUGGAGUUUGCAUGUUCUCCCCGUGACUGCGUGGGUUCCCUCCGGGUACUCCGGCUUCCUCCCACCUCCAAAGACAUGCACCUGGGGAUAGGUUGAUUGGCAACACUAAAUGGUCCCUAGUGUGUGAAUGUUGUCUGUCUAUCUGUGUUGGCCCUGCAAUGAGGUGGCGACUUGUCCAGGGUUUACCCCGCCUUCUGCCCGAAUGCAGCUGAGAUAGGCUCCAGCACUCCCCGCGACCCCAAAAGGGACAAGCGGUAGGAAAUGGAUGGAUGGAUUGUUUGGUCCCGAGGACCUGGAAGGAUCUCAGUCAGUUAAAAAUAAAUGUAAAUUUUUUUUUCAAUGCUUAGAUCCACUUCAGGUCUGUUGUUGUUUUUUUAUGUU